CCGUCUGAGAUGUAUUAAUUUUAACGUAUGCGUAAGCCUCACGCCUUAGAACUAAAUUAUCGAAUAUCAGGAUUAUUAUUAUAGGUUCUAAAAUUAACAUGAUAGAGCAUGCAAAGUAAUUUAAAUACUUAUUAUUUUAAUUGCCGUUUGCUCAUUAAGGGCUUACAAACGGUUGUGGGUAUUCUUACUAUCGAUAUGAAGAUGGGAAUCCGGCCACUUUUUAUAUUUUUGCUAGCGUUCAACGUUUUAAUUUUCGAAGUUGUAUCGCAGUGUAACGCCAACAAGUGCACGUUAAAAUGCAAUAAAGAGGGCCAUUUUAGUUUUGUCUGCAAAAAUCAAGAGUGCAUGUGUCUUCCCACAAUCACGCACGACGGCGGGUGUGACUUGACUCAAUGCGAAACGAUGUGUAAAGAGCACGGCUUUCCAGCAAGAUGUAGCAUUACCGGUAUUUGCGUAUGCGAUAUGUUUUGAGCAGUUAAUUAAAUACCGCCCAAAAAUAAAUGCG